CCCGCCCCGCCGCCCAGCCGGCGUUCCGUUCGGGGUCCUCCCCAGCCAGUGGGCUGGCAGCUCCCGGGGGCAAGAGCGGCCGGCUCAGCCGCCGCCAACCCCGAUGUCGCAACUGGCUGCGUUCGCCCCCGCCAGAGCUUUGAUUGGGCGAAUCUCGACCCGGGCCCCGCCUACGCGCCCAAGUUCCGUUAGCAGGCAUCCUGCUCUCUCCGCCCCUCCGAUCGCUUGGUGUCGUCUCAGGACGCAGCGUGAUGACGUAGUUCCCCGACAUUCCACAUGCAAGAUGGCCGCAGUCGGCAAGGAGAGACGUCGCUGAGGGGAUUGCCUGAAGCGAGGGGAUCCUAACAUUUUCAGAGAACCUUUUGGAAAGAACAAGUCUACUUCAAUAAAUGAAGGAGAAUAAAGAAAAUUCAAGCCCUUCAGUAACUUCAGCAAACCUGGACCACACAAAGCCAUGUUGGUACUGGGAUAAGAAAGACCUGGCUCAUACACCCUCACAGCUUGAAGGACUUGAUCCAGCCACUGAGGCCCGGUACCGCCGAGAGGGCGCUCGGUUCAUCUUUGAUGUGGGCACACGUUUGGGGCUACACUAUGAUACCCUGGCAACUGGAAUAAUUUAUUUUCAUCGCUUCUAUAUGUUUCAUUCCUUCAAGCAAUUCCCAAGAUAUGUGACAGGAGCCUGUUGCCUAUUUCUGGCUGGGAAAGUAGAAGAAACACCAAAAAAAUGUAAAGAUAUCAUCAAAACAGCUCGUAGUUUAUUAAAUGAUGUACAAUUUGGCCAGUUUGGAGACGACCCAAAGGAGGAAGUAAUGGUUCUGGAGAGAAUCUUACUGCAGACCAUCAAGUUUGAUUUACAGGUAGAACAUCCAUACCAGUUCCUACUCAAAUAUGCAAAGCAACUCAAAGGUGAUAAAAACAAAAUUCAAAAGUUGGUUCAAAUGGCAUGGACAUUUGUAAAUGACAGUCUCUGCACCACCUUGUCACUGCAGUGGGAACCAGAGAUCAUAGCAGUAGCAGUGAUGUAUCUCGCAGGACGUUUGUGCAAAUUUGAAAUACAAGAAUGGACCUCCAAACCCAUGUAUAGGAGAUGGUGGGAGCAGUUUGUUCAGGAUGUCCCAGUCGACGUUUUGGAAGACAUCUGCCACCAAAUCCUGGAUCUUUACUCACAAGGAAAACAACAGAUGCCUCAUCACACCCCCCAUCAGCUGCAACAGCCCCCAUCUCUUCAGCCUACACCACAAGUGCCGCAAGUACAACAGUCACAGCCGUCUCAAAGCUCCGAACCAUCCCAGCCCCAGCAGAAGGACCCCCAGCAACCAGCCCAGCAGCAGCAGCCAGCCCAACAGCCCAAGAAACCCUCUCCGCAGCCCAGUUCUCCCCGACAGGUUAAGCGAGCCGUGGUUGUUUCUCCCAAAGAAGAGAACAAAGCAGCAGAACCACCACCACCUAAAAUCCCCAAAAUUGAGACCACUCACCCACCGUUGCCUCCAGCCCACCCACCUCCAGACCGGAAGCCUCCCCUCGCUGCUGCCUUAGGUGAGGCUGAGCCGCCGGGCCCUGUGGAUGCCACUGACCUCCCCAAAGUCCAGAUUCCCCCUCCGGCCCACCCGGCCCCUGUGCACCAGCCACCGCCGCUGCCACACCGGCCCCCGCCCCCGCCCCCCUCCAGCUACAUGACCGGGAUGUCCACCACCAGCUCCUACAUGUCUGGAGAGGGCUACCAGAGCCUGCAGUCCAUGAUGAAGACCGAGGGACCCUCCUACGGCGCCCUGCCCCCCGCCUACGGCCCACCUGCACACCUGCCCUACCACCCCCAUGUCUACCCGCCCAACCCGCCCCCGCCACCUGUGCCUCCUCCCCCAGCCUCCUUCCCCCCACCUGCCAUCCCACCCCCUACUCCUGGCUACCCCCCACCCCCACCCACCUACAACCCCAACUUCCCACCCCCACCCCCACGCCUCCCGCCUACCCACGCAGUCCCCCCUCAUCCUCCUCCAGGGUUGGGCCUGCCGCCAGCCAGCUACCCACCUCCUGCCGUCCCCCCUGGAGGACAGCCUCCUGUGCCCCCGCCCAUUCCCCCACCCGGCAUGCCUCCAGUUGGGGGGCUGGGGCGGGCAGCCUGGAUGAGAUAACGUGAGCCUUUUUUCCCUCUUUGUUUUUUUAACAAGAUUUUCUAAUCGACUUGCAGAGUAGUUGAAGUGGGUAAGCAGCAGGGUACCUUGUAUAAUGCGCGACAGUUGCAGUAUGGGAAGAAUGGACUGGGCCCCGGGAUAAAAUCAGAGUGGUCCUCACAUCUAGAGGACGGGGACAACCAGCUUUCAGAGUAGCCUCAUCAGCGCCCUUGCAGUCUGACUGUGUACACUUGGUUCAGCUAAUGUCUGAGAGUCCUGCACUGGGUUACUUUAUACUAGUGAAGAUGUUAACCAGCCAUAUUGGCUCAAUAAAUAGCUUCGGUAAGGAGUUAAUUUCCUUCUAGAAAUCAGUGCCUACUUUUCCUGGAAAGUCAGUUUUAAAUAGUCCAAUUCCAUCUGAAGUCAAGCUGUUGUCAUUUUCACUCAGUGACAUUCUCUCCCAUGACACGCAGAAGGGGCAGAAGAGCCACAUUUUUGAUUUAUACAUGUUUGCAUCCUUUGUAUUAAAAUUAUUUUGAAGGGGUUGCCUUGUUGGAUGGCUUUUUUUUUCCUCCAGGGAGAAGGGGAGAAAUGUACUUGGAAAGUAAUGUAUGUUUACAUCUAUUUGCAGAUUCCUGUACAUAGAGAUAUAUUUUUUAAGUGUGAAUGUAACAACAUACUGUGAAUUCCAUCUUGGUUACAAAUGAGACUCCUUCAGUCAGUUAUCCAAAUAAAAGCAGUUCUGAAAC